AUGGCCAUACAAUCGCAACAGAACGAGAGCAACCUCCUCCAUCUCCCCACAGAAAUUCUCGUCAAGGUCGUUCAAGAACUGCGAUUUAUAACUGUCCCACACCACAUCGAGUACCCAGAGAUUAAGAUCGAGAAAGAGACGUAUCAGAACCUAAAGUCCUUGAGGUUGGCACACAGAACAUUCGCAGAGUGCCAUGACUUCAAGGGUGUCCUAUUCAACAAUAUUGUACUGGAGCCUACGCGUGCAGCACUCAGGAGUCUGCAGCACGGAGACUUCUCGCGCAUAGCCCCUCAUGUGCGUUCAGUUACAUUCACGACACCACCCAGUUGGGCGCUUCCAUACAAAGCGUACGAGAAGAUCCUCUGCAGUUCGCAGGAAUCGUCUGUUCUUUUUUGGCCUAAAGGAUUAAAGUCUGCAUAUGAUGCAUAUAUGAGCGAUGCUAGAGAUGCGGAGACAUUGCUCCAGGAUCCAGAGGGUGAGCUUAAGCAAGCAUGGACAGAAAUUCUCAAGGCUUUGGGAGACCGCCUUGAAAAGGUAAAGCUUCUCAGCUAUGAUUGUGAGAAUAUUCGCCAGGUCAAGUAUCUUGACGUGCUCAGCAAGGGGGACAUCGACAUACCGUGGAAGCUUCCUCGACACGACCACAAAGAAGACGAAUGGGCAGCAAUUGGGCUCCGCGACGAGGACUCUGAGCCCACUGUCGAAUAUCAUUGUAAGCACGCUACAGCCGUCACUGGCGAUAAGCUCAUUGCCAUGGUCUUCACAUGCUUGUCAGCAUCGGGUGUUGCUAUCCCUAAUCUCAACAUCCAGUUAUUCAUGACGGGCAACGUCGAGUGCAAGGAUAUCCCCGGCUGGGAGAAGCUCGACUUCACCAAGCUCAAGAUACUCCACAUCUCCCCUGAGAUCCCCUCUGGCGAGAACGGAUUGGUUGAGCGACACCUAUGGGCUAUGCCGGACUCGCAUGCCGAAAAGAUGAAGAUCAAGGCAGGUUUAUUCUGCCACGAUCUGCUGGACAAAUGUCACUCCAGCAUACAGCAUUUCGCUUAUGGAAUUGAUCAUGUUGGGAAGGGUGUUCUCUGCUGGCCUUUGCGACAGCCCAAGCAUGAAUAUCCAGCGUUUACGCAUUUGACACAAAGGGGAAACACUUUCCCACAAGGCCUUGGAUACUGGGUUUUCAUCUGA